AUGCCAACGACAUUGAAAACGCCCCUCUCCACCCUCCUGACCCCUUUCUCCCUCCUCCUCCUCCUCCUCUGCCUCCUCACCCCCCACGUCCAACCCCAAUACAUCGCCCCCAUCCCCGCCCUCCCCGCCCCCGCCAACACCCCCAUCACCGCCACCUACCACACCCCCAACCCCGACCUCUCCGAGCUCUCCGCCCCCAAACUCUCCGCCGUCAACGCCUCCGCCUUCGAAUGGUGGUACUUCGACGCCGUCGCCGCCCACAACCCCAACCUCUCCGCCGUCGUCACCUUCUUCACCAGCGCUCCCGCCGCGUUCCCGAUGGCGCCCCGCAAUGGGAGCUCGGUCGUCUGGAGUUAUGUUUAUGUGAGUUUGCCGGAUGCCCCCCCUGCUCCUGCUCCCCCACCCCCUGGGGAUGAGGGGCGGGAUGGGGAUGGAGAUCGGGAUGGGGGUACUGGUGGUGGGAGUGGGGGUAAUGAUCGCGGCGAUAAAGGCCCGAAUCUGGAGGUUUGGAUCGGGUGGGAUGGGAGUCGGAUUAGUGGGCGGUUGAGGUUGGAGAAUGCUACCUCCCCCCGAACGCCGUGCACUACAUCCCAACGGUUCGAUCCCUCGCUGAGACUCGGGUCGGUCGGCUGGGUGAAUAUCGUCCCGCAUGCGAAGGCCACCGUCGAUCUGAUCGUCGAUGGAGAGGCGGUCAAGUUCGAGGGGUAUGGGUAUCAUGAUAAGAACUGGUCGGAGCGCCCCUUCCACUCGCUCGUCAAGAAAUGGUUCUGGGGCCACGCCCACGUCGGCCCCUACUCGCUGGUCUGGUUCCAGGAGACGCCGCUCAACUCGACGAUCCCCGUGGCCAGCGCAUCGGUCCUCAAAGAUGGCGUGACGGUCCUGAGCGGCUGUGAGGCCGGGAUUGUCAGCGUGCAGCGGGUUGGCCAUGCCGCCGCGUCCGGGUUCGCGGUCGAGGUGGUGAUGAGGGGAGUGCGGGUGACGAUGCUGGGGACGCGAGAGGUGGCGGGCGAUGGGCAGCAUUUCUUCCGGUGGUCGGGGACGGUCGAUGGGGAAGUGUUGGGCCAGAAAGUGAACGGAGGAGUCGCGGUCUUUGAGGAGUUUGAUCUGUGA